AUGAAGCUUCUCGGUAUGGCGGCGCUCUGCGCGCUCUUGUCUUUUGUUGCCGGCACGGACAGUGGUGUCGUCCACUACGUGCGCGGCCUCGAGGUGCAGCCGGGUGGUCGCGAUCUCGCCGACACCGCUUGGAGCGGCAGCAUCGCGUUCGACCUCCAGAGCAUUGCCAAGGACGGUGUGACGUCCGAGAACGGCGAGAACCUCAUCAAGAACAUCCAGCAGGCCAUGAAGGUCGGCCAACUCGCUGCCACGGACGGCCCAGGCCUCGUCAACUCGAUCCGAAAAGUCAUCAAGAGCGGCGCCAACGCCAAGGACGGCACCGCCAUCCGUGUUUGA